GGUAUAAAACUGGGCCUCCAUCAGAGACCACUUCCUAACAAAACCCUCCCGGUUCCGUCUCACACCGCUGCUGUCAUGUCGUUUGUUGCUCCUCCUGGCUAUCAGCCAAUCUACGGCCCUACAAUUCCCUAUCUGGGGCCCAUUCAUGGAGGCCUGAGGGAAGGAGUGUCCAUCUACAUCCAGGGGUCCAUUCCUGAGGACAUUACCAGGUUCUUUCUCAACCUGCUCUGCGAUGAGUCCGAGUCCAGUGACAUCGCCCUCCACUUCAACCCUCGCUUUGACGGCAGGGACAAGGUGGUCUUCAACUCCUGUCAGGAGGGGUCCUGGGGGUCUGAGGACAAGAUCCACGACAUGCCCUUCUGCAAGGGCCAGGCCUUUGAAAUGGUCAUCAUGGCCACUUCUCAGGGCUACCAGUUCAAAGUCAACGGGAACGACUUCUACACCUUCGAACACCGCCUCCCUCUGGAGCGAGUCCGUGCGAUGCAGAUCGCUGGAGACGUUUGCAUCCAGACGAUCAACAUCAUCGGGGGAGGAAUGGGAGGAGGAAUGGGAGGAGGAAUGGGAGGAGGAAUGGGAGGAGGACAUCCAGGAGGUGGCAUGGGGGGUGGAUAUCCAGGAGGCAUGGGAGGUGGUAUGGAGGGAGGAUUCCCAGGAUCAAGCCUGCCGGGGAUGGGCGGGCAGCCGGUCUACAACCCUCCGGUGCCCUACUCCAACAUGAUCCCAGGAGGGAUGUACCCAAAGAGGACCAUCAUCAUCAGAGGCAUGCUGCCCUAUGGAGCAGCCAGAAUUAGCAUCAACUUCGUGGUGAGCAGAUCUCGGGACAUCGCCUUCCACAUGAACCCCAGGGUGAGAGAGGGCGUCGUGGUGAGGAACAGCAUGAUCAGAGGUAACUGGGGCCAGGAGGAAAGAGAGCUCAGCAUGAGCCCCUUCGCUGAGGGACAGUACUUCGACAUGUCCAUCCGCUGCGGGGACCAGAGGUUCAAGGUGUUCGUGAACGGGCAGCACCUGUUCGACUUCUCCCACCGCCUGCAGUCCUUCAAAGAGAUCGACAAGCUGGAGAUAGAAGGCGACCUGCAGAUCUCCUACAUCCACUUCUGAGACCACACACACACACUCCUAUAGGAACUAUACAUUCUGUACAUUACUCAGCUAUUUUUCAGCUACGGGAUGAUCUUUCAAAAGGAUGUGUCAGCCUGCUGUUUGAUCAUGAAUAUCAAUUAUUGACCUCAUCAUCGGCUGUAUUGAAUCAAUAAACUUGAACAAACACA